UCUUCAAUUCUUACUGUUCACACCACACCAGUUUAAGUGAGAUAGAAAGAGUUGUAAAUUUAGAAAUGGAUUGUACUAAGUGUCGUUUAUUUUGAGUGCAGUGAUUCGUGUGAUUUUGUGGUGAAAAUUUUUCGAAAAUGGAAAUAUUCUUGACUGGUUUUUAACAGUAGAACGACGCAGACAGCCCCAAUGGAUGAAUAUGGUGGAUCACCAUCAAAUAUUCCGAAUGCUUUUAGAACACAGGAAACAUUUCAAAGACAGCAGGAAGCACAAGUUGGGCACAGGUUUCCGAAUUCAACCGGGAUAGUUCCCGUGCCAAGGGGCAGUAGAGGGCCAAGGAGUUUAUACAUCAGAAGAUAUGGCGACAGUUUUGGUUUUACCCUUCGACAUUUUAUUGUCUACCCUCCAGAUUCCAUUGCGGAGCAUCACGACGGUAGACAUGCUGCUGUGGGUGCUUUGCUUGCUCCAAUGGACACCAUCUUCGUAAAGCACGUCAAAGAGAGAAGUCCCGCCAGACAAGCUGGUUUGCAAAAAGGAGAUCGAUUGGUGGCCGUCAAUGGUAUCGCAGUCAAAGAUAAACCUUAUUCGCAAGUUGUUCAACUGAUUGUCAACAGUCCAGAAUAUCUCCAUCUUUUAGUGGUGCCUAAAGAAGAGGACGUCUUACAAAGGUUUUUCUCCGAGACUGCGUACAAUCCAGCUUCCAACCAAUCAACCUAUGCAGAUAUCCCACCACCAGUGGACAAACACACAGCUCAACAGAUCAUAUCGAAGAGAUUAGCGCGUGUUCCAAAUGAAUUUCAAGUAGACGCCUUUUCUUGGAGAUCUUUACAACAUCCUUACGUAGCCACUGAGCCAAGACCUGAAUACGAUAGAGGACCUCAUAGUGCCGAAAAUUUGUUACAUAACGUUCCUAGGAGAAGAAACCAACAAGAAAUUUAUUGUGAGAUACAUCCUCAUGACACGGAAAGAAUCGGAAGGUCCAGGGCCGCACCCCAGGUCCCGUUGUAUAAAAAGAUGGGUCGUAGAGCUAGUGAAGGAAACAUUUUGUCUGAUUCAGAUCGAUAUCUCUCAGAAUUUAACAGCAUAAAUCCAGUAACACAAGAGGACUACAACAUGAAGACUGGAUACAGAAAUAAUAAUUACAAUUCCGAAUCGGGCGAUUUCUCAAAAACCGCUAGGCUUAGCUUAGAUGUUGAAAGAAGGGAAUCUUCAUCUUCACUGUCAGUUGACAGCAGUAAAGAUAGUUUAGCUUCGUUUGGAUCAAAUUCAACACUCACCGGCCACGAAACCGAUGACUCGGCCAUUAUGGACAGAUUUAGGAAAAGCGUCCAACAAAAAGAAGCGUUCCUAAAAAAUCCCGUUAACGUUAAGGAAUUUUAUGGAAGGCCCAAGAAAUUAGAAAAACAAGUCUGGCCGCCCGUCGAACGAGAUAAAGAUUCACCUUCUAGAAAUAAUUCGAGACCCAGUCACCAAAAUGUUAUAAGAGUGAAGCACGAUAUCGAAAAUGAAAGAGAUUUAUGUGGACCGGGAAAUCAGAACGGUCAUCCAGGAUACGGUGGGGCUGUGAGUAAUGUCCCGCACCAAAGAGGCGUGACUUCGCCCAGAGAAAAGGAGAAUAUGAAUUUAGACAGGAUUUAUGAGGCUUCAACGGCUCCUGGAGGCUUUGAUAGUAUGGAAGGAAUGAACGGUUCUAAUGCUGAAGAGGCCUAUUACGACGAGAGAAGGGUAUAUUCCCCUCCUCUUCAAAUCGUAUCUCGAAGAGCAAAAGAUUUCGAAUCGGGCAGACCUUUGCCCGACGACGAUCCCGUCCAAACGAAUCGAACCAGUUUCUCAAAGAGCGAACUGGCACGAUUGAGCUCAAAAAUAUUGGUUCCUAAUGUAACUGAAAGGGCGCAAGAGUAUGAAAUUAAGGCUUCGGAACCAAGAAAAGAUACCAGUUUGACCUCCACUAAUUCGUCGAGUUCGAUUUUGAAAAGGAUACAAAGGGACAGUCGUUCAUUGGACAGUUCAGGCAGUAACGCAAGCAGUGCUAGUGUCAAUGAAGUCUUAAUCGAAGGCGGCAGCGGUAAGAAGCUUUCUGGAAAUGUCAUGAUUUCCAGCGGAAGUAAAUACUUACACUGCCCUCCGCCCUCAGAAACCGAAAGGGGCAAGCCGCCACCAGACAUAGAAUUGACACCCAGAGUACGAGUUCGUUCGAAUUCAGUGGAAUCUUGGGUUGGAGCUUUGACAGACCGAAGGAAGACCAAAGAUGAAUCGAGUAAAAAGGGAGAAUCAGAAGUUAUUCCAGUACUUAGCCGAUCGCCUUCGAAUCCCUCAUACGGAGAUCUACCACCCUUAAUUCCUGAAUCCGUAGAGCGCAUCCACCUAACUCCUGCUGUCUCUAUUACUCCUCCUGCCUCUUCAAAUAAGGCGAUUCGGCCCACGCAAUUGGAUCUAGAGGGAGCUGCUAAAUCAUCAAAGUACUUAUUACCACCGAAUGCGCUUAUGGAGUCACCGCUCAGGCGAUCUGUUUCACCAUAUUAUGACGACAAACCAGUGGUGGUAAAACGACGACCUAAAAAUACUAAUAUUAAUCCCGUCGACGAUGACAGGAUCACGCGAAGAGAAUCUUAUCUCAAGGCGACAGAAGGAGGACGAAUGCAUAUUGACAGCGAUUUGAGCGACGGUGGAGAUCUCUCGCCUCAUGCGAUAAGAAGGGGUAGUGGAAGCAGCAGUAACGCUUCUUUGGAUAAGGAAAAGGUUUCGGGAGAUUCUAGCCCCUUAGUCGAGUGUAAGGAAAUGACAGUGAUUGUUCGAGAAGGGACGUUGCAUUGUAAGAUUUUGGAGAUUGACGGCAAGAGAGCAACUGAUAGAUCUUGGAAACAGGUGUACAUCGUCCUGAAAGGUCCAAAAUUAUACCUCUACAGAGACAGGCAUCACCAUCAGAGUCCUGUUGGUACUCUCGACUCUUUGGACCAAUCCCUUUCGAGCGGAGUUGAUAUGCGCACCAGCGUCGUACGUGUUGCCGAGGAUUACACGAAACGGAAAAAUGUGCUCAGAGUUUCGUCCGUUAAGCCCUGUCGAUCAGAAUUUCUUCUACAGGCAGAUAGCACAGAAGAAUUUGCCGAUUGGGUGAAAACUUUGCAGGAACAAGUUGCUGCUAGUACGGAAGCCGAAUUGGAACCUCCUAGCAGCCUUCAAAAAGCAGUACCACAACUGGUAGCUGCUUCAACUUCUAUUCAAGUCCAAGGCAGUCACCUUUCGCCACAAUUGAAUAAACAGAAAGCCACCACUUCCCGAAAUCGCUCACCAACUGGCCAGUCACCAGUAAGUAAGAGUAGAAAACCAUCCCAAAUACCAACAGAAAUAUCGGCAACAGCUACCAGUCCUAAAUCGAAAACAUGGCGCGGCAGAAUGGCCAAACAGUUUAGAAAGUUCAACCAAGGAAAUAACAGCCCGAGCAGUCCAACAGCACCAGAAGGAUCGACCUUCGGAAUUCCAAUUGAAGAUUGUAUACCGUCUAUUAGUAAUGUUUAUCUUCCCAGGUUUGUGGAAAUUUGCACAGACAUAAUAGACGAAAGAGGACUACAAACAAUUGGCAUCUAUCGAGUACCUGGUAACAAUGCAUCAAUCACUGCUUUAACAGAAGAGGUUAACCGAAAUUAUGAUGAUGUUCCUCAAGAAGAUCCUCGAUGGAAAGACUUACACGUAGUCAGUAGUCUUUUAAAAUCCUACUUUAGGAAAAUGCCAAAUAGUCUCGUCACGGUACAGUUAUAUCCAAGUUUCAUUAAAGCAGAUAAAAUAGAAAAUCCUAGAGAAAGGAUGGAGCAAUUGAAAAAGCUUGUCAAGAGUCUUCCAAGGCACAAUUAUUAUACAUUAAGACACAUAGUGAUGCAUCUAAGGCGAAUAGCAGAUAAUUCUCACGUGAAUAAGAUGGACUUUAAAAAUCUUGCUAUUGUCUUUGGUCCCACCAUAGUCAGACCAGAAGAGGAGAAUAUGGAAAGUAUGGUUAGUCACAUGAACAAUCAGUACAGGAUAGUUGAAACGUUGUUAACCCAUUCCGAAUGGUUUUUCCCAGAAAAUGAAAAUGAAGAAAACCUUCCUGUACCUGAUACUCACUUCGCAGAUGGGUCUGAUGAGUUUGACCAAAACAAUCAAACGCUAUUAUUAAAUAACAUAACUAAAUGCGGAGUUUUGAAAGAUCACAAAGAGAAGAAUGGUGCUUUACUAUCUUCAAUCAUUUCGGCUGCACAGAGAAAAGUAAAAAGGAAACCACACAAGCCAUUAAGUUCCAUGCAAGAAUCCAAAGAAGACGCUAUUUCGCCUACCAACCUCAAAGUUUUUCCUUCACAGUCAUUCUCACCAAUAGAUCUCAAAGAAUGUUCAUUACCAGAUGAAAAAUCUUCCUCGGAUAUACCAACCACUGUAAUGGAUAUAGAAAAAAAGUCCAAUUCGACUGAAAAGGUUCCUUGGUUCAAAUAUUCUUCGGACAAAGAUGACUUUUAUAGGAGAAUAGAAAAUUUUCGACAAGAAACUGAAGCCAUGUUGCAGUUACCGAGGAAAACAGAAAUAUCUGUUACUAAUAUAGAUCCACGAACAAUGGGUCAGCUGAGUUCCUCAUCGAAUACACUCAAUCGAAACAUGAGACUGUCUUCACUAAAACCAGAUUCGCACUAUCUCAUGAAGACUCACAGUGCUACCAAUGUGUUUUCGAGGACUAACAACGCGACCGAACCUAAUCGCAACAGCCUCGCAUCAGUGGAUAACUAUUCGCUGCAAUAUAGCAAAAAUGGUAACGAUUUCGCAUUUGUGAAAAACGAUAGUGGCAAACAAGUGAAGGGCGCGAGUAGUGGGGGUGCUUACGGUGACGUGACCGAUAGUGCUCUUAAUGAUAGGAUACCUGGUGUUAUUAAGGGAAACAUUCGAAGGGGUAGUUCUGUAGAAAACAUCAACUCGAGUUCUAAAGAUAUUUCGAAUGGGAAGAAGGUCAGAUACGAAAAUGAGAUUGAUUGUCAAAGAAUUGGUUCCCUAGAAUCCCUCAACAAGGUGUCAAAUGAUGAUGGAAGUAAUACACCCCUGCCUCCAAUUAGAGGGUGGCGGUCAGUGAAACCACCCAAUGUUGUACCUCAGAGACCUCCUAGAACCCGCCACAUAUACAACAGAGUUUAGAAGCAAGAGAGUCUUUGUUGAGUACAAUGACCAAGCUCAUCGACGAGAGAUUGAAGGACCAGCCCUCGAUUUUGUCUGGUGAGGGCAUUCCUUAUGUAGAUGAAUCGCCAGAAAAACAUCCUAAAAAAUCUUAUCCAGAUAAGGAAAACAUACCCCAGGCUAGUGAUUUGUACAGAAACCCUAGUUUACAUAAAAACCAACUCAAAAUGUCGAAAAAGGAAGAUAAAGAGUAUAAAAACGAUAAAGAAAAAGAAGAAGAUACGAUGGCUAUGGAAAAAGUACCUGAUAAUGAUAGAAAUAUUACCAAAACGAUCGUGUUUUCCAACAAAAAUAAAGUAAACCAGAGUGGAACUAACUUAAGACGUUCUGAAUCGUUAAACAGACCAGAACGAACUAGUUCACCUCUCAACAACAAACUAAAAAGAUCUGAAAGUCUAAACAAAGGAGAUCGAUUAAAGAGAUCGGACAGCCUAAGUAAGAGUGAAAAAACGGAAAGUAACAUUAAUAGAAAACGAGAAAUCAACCUGAACAAUCGCAGAUUUAAAGAUUCUGUUAAAAAUAAGAGAAAAAGUGGUCAUCCUGACCGUUCAAUAAAAAGAAGACACACGGUGGGAGGUACUAAAGAUCCCGACAAAAUCACAUGGGUAAUGGACAAUAAAAACGAAGACAAAGAUGCUAACCAAAACACCAGAAAAGAAAGAUCUCUACGAACUAGCUCUCCCGAUUUGAGCGCCAUGCGUCGUGACAGAUUUUUCUUUGAAAUAAAUCUCAUUGGUCCCGAUAAUAUGGUUGUAGCGCUUAGACAGCAUCUAAUAGGAGCACGACCUCAGAGUUUUCCAGAAAGCUCCGUAUUUACAGUACCUCUGGAAUCGCACGUGUGAUUUAGGCAAAAUCGGAACGAGUUAUGGAACGAGUCAAAUAGAACGAAAUUGCAAUGUAUGAAAUCACGUUAUUUUAAAAAAUCCUAAAGGCUGUUAUAAAUAUUUUAAGUCGGUUGCUAAUAGGCAUAACAAUUUUUUAUGCCUUUACACAGUAUUCUUUGUAUUUAAAUUCCAUUAUCAUUAUCAGUGAAUUUCUUUAUAUCGACUUAGUAACUCAGAUGUUCUGGUAAAUGAUAAUAAAAUAUAAAAACAGCAUCAUGAAUUUUGGCGUUAUAUAACAAUAUGUUACAGAGGCCCAUGUUUUAAUGGCAUCACACCAGAUUUAAGUUCUUUAGUUUAUAAUAUGACUAA